AUGUCUCUACUCGGCGAAGACGGUCGCGGUUACGAGCUAGCUCGAAGCCUUGAAUCCAAUGGAGUAUGGCGAAAAUGGCUUGGCGAUUCCCACUACACCACUUUCGCACAAUUCCUCUCUUCUCCUUCCGCUUGGGAUUCCUUCAUGGCAUCCGAUUCUUCCCAAUCUGCCCUUCAUAUUCACCUUCAACUCAGAGUCCGUGCUCUCCUAUUCGAUAAAGCUUCCUCCGUUUCUCUCUCUUCAAAACCCUCUCUCUCUAAGCUUAACCCUAAUUUUCUUCGUUUGCACGCUGAUGACAUCUACUUCACUCUCGAUAGCAGCAAUUCCCCUUCUUCCUCUAACUCCAAGGUUGGAUCCAGAUAUGCUGAUUCUGAGUUGCCUGAAACUUGGUAUAAUCAAGUUAUUGAGAAUUUUAAGGCUAACAAGAAGUUAGUUAUGUGGGACAGAGAAUUGACAACGAAACGCUCACCAUCUGAGAUGGCUUCCUAUAUUACGUGUAGUAGUAACCGUAAAAAGAGACGUGUAGUGUUUAAGGAAGAACAGCAUCAGGUUAUGGAUCAAUCAAACGGUGGUAAUUUAGUUGUUGAUGAUGAUGAGUUUGUUUUUCCAGAGAUAACGUAUGCAUGGAACUGUGUACCUGAGAGUGCAAUUCCUGUGAGUGAAAGAGUGGAGAAUAAUAAUAACCAGAAAGUGAGGAUAAAUAGUGUGCUUGAUACACUGCCUAUGAUUCGGAAUCCUCUUAUGACUGAGAGGCUUGGGAAUAGGGCUGAGUCCGUGAAUGGGGAACAUGGAGGAGGGUUGUACCGUGGGAAGUCAGGUUGUGAGGAAUAUGGAAGAGUUCUUGGUCAUGAGGAAGCAAGGAAACUCUCUCAGAAAGUAGUGGCUCGCAUUUUGUUGGGUGCGGGAUUUGAAGCUUCCAUGGAAGGUCCAAUUGAAUACUUGUCUGAAGUGAUGAGCAAGCGUGUUCUUAAAAUAGGAACUAAUUUGAGAGUACUCACAGAUUGUUACAAAAAACAGUGCUCCGCCAUUGAACUUCUAAAGAUGCUCCUUAAAACUAUGGGUUUUAGUAAUUUUGCACCAUUAGUGGAUGUGGUUAAAGAUGGCUCCAAGAAUCUUGUACAACAAGGCCAGCUACAUGCUCAUGGAAUUCAGUCACAGUUACAGUCACAACAACAGAAUUCCCUUCGACUACCUCAGCAAGUCCAGAUGCAGAGACAGAUGCAUCCACAGAUGCAGCAGAUGAUUAAUUCCCACAGUCUGACUUUUCAGCAACAGCAGCAGCUGCAGUUAGAGAGAAUGAGAAACCAACAAUCUAAUCCCCGCCCUGCUAUGGAUGUAAACAAGGAAAGACCAUUGGUUCAAGUGAAGAUUGAAAGCGCAUCAGAUUUACCAAGUGAUGGUAAUGCCUUCAAUUCCAGACAUCCUCAAAUGCAGUUUAGGCAGCAGCAGUUGGCUGCAAUGUCAAAUUUCCAUCCUCAAUCUAACACUCAGUUUAGACAGAUGAGCUCCUUACAGACUCCCCAAAUGCAGUCACAGAACAACAUCAGCAUGAUUAGAGCACCACCUGUGAAAGUGGAAGGCUUCCAGGAAUUGAUGGGUGGGGAUUCUUCAACGAAGCUCGAUUCAGAAGAAAAUCGAUUAACUUCUCCCUCUAGUAAAUAG